GUACGCAUAAUAAUCAGGAGGAUCCGAUGAAAUUGGCUCAGUGUUGGUGAGAAGAGGGAAGUGCUGGGUGCCCGUGACGUUUCUGACCUGACAACACCCAACUCCCGGCUCUUGCGUCGACACUCCAUUGUUAAAAAAAAUCAUGUCCGCCCCAGGCCCCUCAGGCACUCCUCCUGUUGCACCAGGACCCUAUGGCAGCAACCGGAAAUUACAGCAGACCCAAGCACAAGUGGAUGAGGUGGUUGAUAUCAUGCGAGUGAAUGUAGAUAGAGUUCUUGAACGAGACCAGAAGCUUACAGAAUUGGAUGACCGAGCUGAUGCACUUCAAGCAGGAGCAUCACAGUUUGAGACCAGUGCAGCAAAGCUGAAACGUAAAUAUUGGUGGAAAAACUGUAAGAUGUGGGCAAUAUUAAUAGCUGUCAUCCUGAUCAUCAUAAUCAUCAUAAUUGUUUGGCAGACUUCAUAAAAAAGCAACCAAAUUCUUGUCUGUUGAAAAUUGAAGGUGGACUUUAAGGUUUUGACCCAGCAUCUACAGUUUUAAAAGUUCAUUUUGUCUCUGCUUUAACAUAAUUAAAAAUUGGAGAAAAUUGAGUGUAAUCAGGAGUAUAGAAAGUUGUAUAAUAUGUAUUGAUCUUUGUCACCUGAACCUUAUCCAUCACACAACAAACUUAAGUGGCGAUUCUCAAUCUUUAACACGAUAUUAACACCAUCUUGGACUUGGUAGGACCAAACUUUUUCAGGCAUCUUGGAAGUUCUAAUAUUUUAAUCCUACUGUGCCUUUUUUUUUCCCCUCCCAAGCCUGAACAAGCAAGUUGCCAUAAAAUUCAACUCCUGAUAAUGGUCAAACUUUUGAGGUAUUUCAUGGCUUGUUUUUCCACUUCCAAGUACUGUCCUAACCAUGAAAAUCAUACUUGGAGUUUUGACAGUUUAAAGCCCAUCCAUUUGAGGGAUUUUAGAUGAAGCCAGAUUGUGGCCUGCCAACAUUUGAAUUGACUUCCACUUGUUUUGGCCACUUCGCUUGGGCAAAUAUUGAGUAACGGAUCAUGAGUGCUAAAUGGAGGCAUGGUUUCUCUCUUCAUCAAACUUUGACUGUUCUGGACAGGGGAUGCAGGCUGGUUGCACAGACCAGACAGCUAGUCAAAACAGUAUUCCUUGUUACAUUGGUGGAUUAUAAUAGAACCUGAUGUUUCUUCACUAAGAGGGUUCUUUUAUGCAGCUAUUUAAAGUAUCUCCAGAGUUGGAGCAUAAGGGUGUACUCAAUAUGAAAAUCCUGCCCUAUUCUAGUUUCAUUUGAGAGGAAGUUUUUUUGCGGUUAUAGAUGAGCUAAUUGUAACCUCAACUACUUAUUUCAAGUGAAGAUUUGUUUGGAUUCUGUUCCUGUAAUAGUGCUCCUUGAACAAAGGAAUUGAAAGGCUGUGAGCUAUAAUAGUAAUAAGUUAUAAGUGUGGUCUACUUAAAAUCCAUCCUUUCCUCAACAGAAAAGUACAAAGGCUCCUUAAGAGCUUAAAUUUGCAACACUAGAUUUGAGCAACAAUGUUUUUUUUUAAUUAAAGAUGUGCCAAUUGCCUUGUCAUUUCCAAAACAAUUAGCCAAGAAUUUUUGACCCUCUAGUGCCUUAUCUGUUUAUUGUUCUGGAUUGAACCUGAGUUUGAGGUUUAUCUGGAUUGCCACUGGAAAUUUGUGCCCUACUAACUUAAAAUAAACUUUAAUGAACCAUGUACAAAGUUUAUGUGUGACAAGAUGUUUUUGUAAAAGGAUGGAGAAGAAACUUUUAUGUUUAUGUACAAUAUGCAGCUACUGUAGUAGUAACUUUGGCUCUAGGCUUGCUAAAUAUUUUAUUCAGAGUAAGCCCUAAAUUUGUAAUUAAAUUAUUGGCCUAGGUUCAUGAAUAUUCUGUAUAGACCUUGAAUUGUGAGCACACUUACAUCUUAAUGUAUAUACUAAACAGCAAGUAAACUGCUCUUUCUUCGUCUCUGGUUCACCUGUAUUUACUGUUCGAUUUUCUAGUGAUGGUCCUGGAUGAAUGUUUAAAGUUGUCCAGCACUUGUCUUUGUAUUGCACUGUACAAAAACCGAAUAGUAAAUUGGUGGAUAUUUUGAAAAAAGAUGACUGCAGUGGAUAUAUUUUAUGAUGCUCAUUCACUUUGAUUCUCUCCAUGUAAAGGAAAACACAAAACUAACUUCUGCCAGCCCUCUUGCUAAAUUGCAGAAUUGAUCCAAAGUGCAUGCUAAAUGGGUGAAUUGAGGGCUGUUUGUUGAAUUGGGCUUUGGGUUUUUUGAUCAGAAUUUUAAUUAACCAUCACUAGAAAGUUCAGUAUAUUUAUCUGCCGCUCUUUAUGUUUAAUGAAUUUGCUUAACCAUCAGUUGAGGUGACUUUGUAAAUUGAGGUAAUUGUAAACUUCAUCAGGUACUUCAGCCAGCAAGUUUAAGGUUUUAUUGUUUAGCUUUGUGCCAGAGUUACUGCCACUGGGGCUAAGGUGCCCAACAAUUACCAAAACAAAAAAAGUGCCUCUUGACUAUAGUGCCCCAUUUAAACAUACAUUUGUAAAACUUGACUAGGGUAGCAUUGCAGCUAAGUCUGUUCACUUGUAUUUUAUAAUAUGAAAAAAUUAAUAAAAUGUUUCAGAAUCUGAA